AUGGGAAAGGACAAUCAUAGUGGUGAAGAAGAAGGCUCUGGUUCCAAUUCUCGAAAGAGAUCCACCAUGCAAAAAUUGUUUGGCAAAUUUAAACAAGGAAACGAUCAAUCAACAGCCACAGCCACAGCAACAACAACAACUGCUUCUUCUUCGUCUUCUUCGUCUUCCUCUUCUUCGUUGCCAUCCAAUUCUCAUGACUCAUUACCAUCUUCUGGUCUUCAACAUUUGAACAGUUUUGUGAAAGAAGCAAUGCCACAAGAUGAAGAAGAAAUUAAUCGAAGAUUUAUGGAAGCGAUUGAAAAAGUUGGCAUUCAGAAUGAACAAUCCAAAGCAAAUGUGAUUGCAAGAUACAACACCAAUGAAUUGAAAUGGGAUUUUGUUCAAUCAUUGAGAAAGACUCACGAUACUUUUGCAAUGGAUGAGAAAAACAAAGUCGAAUAUUAUAUUACUGGAUUAAACAAGUCCUCCAGUCAAUUGAGUCCUUCCAUGGACAAAAUCAACACAGACAAGUCUCUUCAAGACAUGAUCAAAUUAGUUCAAGGUCUAACUGUUCAACUUCGUUCUCAACAAAUUUCAUGGCUGGAGGAUUUCAUUCAUCAAGGAGGAAUGUAUCAAUUGACUUGCUUGUUAGCAUCGACCAUUAAUUUCUUUUCCUUUUUCGGUCACUAUUCGUCAUCCACUGAAAAUGGUCAACCUGGUACUCAUCAAACCACUCUCAAUAAUGUUGAACAAUUACGAUCUGUAAUUUUAAUGUCCUUUACAUGUCUACUCAACUUCAACAAGGGAAUUGAAGCAUUUCUUCAACAACGUGACGCCAUUCGAACAAUGGCCUUGGUGAUGGAUGGAGCUUCACUUAAAAAUCGUUCCACCAUUUUGCUUUUAUUGGCCUUAUUGUGUCACCACAGUGGACAAGAAGCAUUUGAACUCAUUUUAGAUGCCAUGAAUCAUUACAAAUUAGUGAAAAGAGAAAAGGCAAGAUUCCAAGAUUUAGGUAAUUGGAUUCUCAAUGAAAAUGCAUACGCAUCUGGAACAAGCGGAGCAGGAACCAUCUAUACAGGAGGAAGCCAUGGAAGAGCUUCUAUUGAAUUUAGAGUGAAUGCUCUCAUGUUUAUUAAUGCCUUAAUUACAUCUACUGAAGAUCCAAAAGUUGCUGCUCGCAUUCAACAGGAAUUUGUGAAUUUGGGACUUGUCACCAUUUUGAAUUCUAUUGACACUGAAGAUCCUGAUUUAGUAGUUCAAAUUUCAACAUUUAAGGAAUUAAUUGCAAAUGAUCUAAGCCAUCACUUUGAAACACUUACAUCCAAUAGUUCAGAUCCUCUCAACAUUAUUGAAGUUUUGAAUGGUCAAUUGACGAGUGUGUCUCAAAAACAUUUUGCAUCCAUGUUAAAUGCGUUAUUACCAAUUUCACAGAGUUAUGAAGACACAAGAACAUCCAUUGCUUCAAGAGCUUCUGUCUGUGUGGAUAACGAUAUUCAAGAAGCCAAUUUUGCUCUCCUUGCUAAAAUUAUUCGUCAAAUGGUGGAAUCGAUCGAUUCGAGAGGUCGUUUGAAAGAUUGGACUGAAGAAACUGAACGUUUGAAACAACAAGUGAAAACUCAACAAACAAGUUUAAACAAUUUGGAUGAAAAAUUGAAAGCAGAAAAAAAGAAACUUGAAACCAUGUUGCAGAAUCCACAAUGUGACUUUUCAAAUGCAUCUUCUGAGUUUGAAAUUUUGAAAGAUCUCCUCUCUCCUCUUGCAAACUUUGUUAAAAACAGACCUUCACAACAAGAUGUUGCGGUUUCAAUAAUGAAUGUACAACAAGCGACGACGACGACAACGAGUGGAGUGACUCAUUCCAAACCACUUCCAACACCACCUGGUGAUGUGAAAACAUCAACUCAAUCCACAGAAUCAACCACUGGAUCACUGGUUACCACCACCACAACAACGUCACCUCCACCACCACCGCCACCACCAUCACUCCAAGAAACUCAAUCAGUAGUGAUGAAUUCAUCAUCAAGUACAACAACAACAACAAGUACAACUACUGGAAUGGUACCACCUCCACCUCCUGGCAUGACAACUGGUGGUGGUGUUCCUCCUCCACCUCCUGGAAUGGCUGGUGGUAUGCCUCCUCCUCCACCUCCUGGAAUGACAACUGGUGGUGUGUCACAAACUUCUCUUCCUCCUCUUCCAACCUAUUCACCAAACACUAAUCUUCGAAAUGUUCAUAUUGAUCCAAUCAAUAAGAGAGUCAUCAAAGAGACGGUCUUUAUUAAGAAGGGAGUGAUUGACAAGUUGAAACAAAUUCACAUUGAUGAGAGUCGUAUUAGUGAAUUAUUUGGUGUUGAGAAGGAUUCCACUCAUUCCAAAGCCAUGAAUGCUUCUUCAAAUGACAAGGCUGAAAAAGUGUCACUCAUUGAUGCUAAGAGAGCUUACAAUAUUGGAAUUCAAUUGGCAUCGAUGCGUCUCAAUUUUGAUGCCAUUCGUAAGGCAGUGAUCACAAUGGAUGAAACUGCAAUGAGCAAAAAUCAAAUUAAUACUCUCAAAAGUAUUGUUCCAACAGAGGAAGAAGUCAAUUUGGUUUCUGCCUUUGAUGGAGAUGCUUCACAAUUAGCUGAACCUGAUCGAUUCUUUUAUAUCAUGAAGGAUGUGUCAAAGAUUAAAGAAAGAAUGGAAGCUUGGAGUUUUAAAUUGAGAUAUGAAGAUGAUUUGGCAAGCUUAAAACCAGAUAUUGAAAGUUUGAGAUUAGCCACUCAUGAAUUGAAGGAAUCUAAAAAGUUUGUCAAGUUUUUGGCUGUGGUAUUGUCAAUUGCCAAUUAUCUCAAUGCAAAGGGAAGACAGAAAGAUCAAUAUGGAUUCCAUUUGAGUAGUUUACACAAAUUGAAAGAUACCAAAGCUUCAAAGGGCAAUGAAGGUUUAUCCCUUCUUCACUAUUUAGUCGAAUAUAUUGAUACUCAUCAAAAGGAUUUAUCAGAAUUUUAUGAUGACAUGCCAAAUAUUCCAUCUGCCAAGAAGGCAUCCAUUGCUCAAAUCAAAGAAGUGAUGCAAAUGAUUAAGGCAUCCUCGAACUCACUCGGUGAAACUUUGGCUGCCAUCGCAAGAGAAGAAGAUUCACCAAUUCACAAACAAGACAAGUUCAUCGAAAAGAUGAAACCAUUUUAUGAACAAACCAAAGCUGAUUUGGGAAUGCUUGAAGAAAAAUUGAAGAAGACUCAAGAGGGUCUUGAAGAAUUGGCCAUUCUCUUUGAUGAAGAUAAGAAUCUGGUCACAACAAAGCCAGAAGAUUUCUUCACCAAAUUAGAUGAAUUCUUCGAAAUGUUUAAAUCUGCUCGUAAAUUCGUCCAAGAACGAAAGAAGAAGCAAGAAGAGGCACUAAAGAAGCAACAAAAGCCAAACACUCAAUUUAACGUUAAUAACUCAACUGAAAAAGGUGUUUUGGAAGGUCUUGAAAACUCCCUUAGAGACGGAACAGCUUUCAAAAAGAGGAGCUUGCGAGCAAACGCUAAUUUGCUUGCGCAAGAAUUAUCCAUGCUAAAGAAAUAG